AUGAUCGUCAUCCGCUAUAUCCCUCGAAAUAUCCUCCACACACGACCCACAGAGUGGUAUCUCGUCGAUCUCCCGGCCCUUCGAUCUACCUGGCUCGGCCGAGCGGCCUGGUUGUCCUCGAGAGGCAGCGUCCGGGAACAGCUCUUCCAUGCUUACCCCGUGGACCACCCUCUUGCUCACACACUCGUCGCCGCGGAAGACGACCUCGCCGCACACCUAGCAGAUCGCGAGGUCAAGCAGAGCGUUGUAGCACGGCUCGCAGGCCAGGCGGGCGCGGCUGCCCACCACUCUCGGCGCGUUGGACGAGUUGGCCGGGUCACAUCGUUGAGGGCGCCAGCAAAAGGUACAGAGGAAUGUCUCUGGUCUGGUCGGAGAAGAGGGGUUUCUUAG